UCUUUGACAGUUGGAUUUACCGAAACAGAGUUGGUAGUUUUGUGAUGAGUAAUUUGCUUUCAAGGUAGAAUUUAGGACAGAACAAAUUAUUUUCUUGUAGUUUUCAUAAAUUUUGAUUCAAAAAUGGAGGAUGUAUUGGAAGAAGUUGUUUCUUCUGAAGAUUUAAAGAAAUUUGAACGAGUAUACCAUGAGCAAUUACGUUCAUCAUUUGUAACCCAGAAAGCACAGUUUGAAUAUGCCUGGUGUCUUGUCAGAAGUAAAUACCCUGCAGACAUUCGAAAAGGAAUAAUUCUAUUGGAAGAUUUGUAUUGCAAUCAUGAUGAUAGUAAUAAACGAGACUGUCUUUACUAUUUAGCGAUUGGAAAUGCUAGAAUAAAGGAAUAUUCAAAAGCCUUAACGUAUGUUAGAUCAUUUCUUCAGGUCGAACCCCAAAAUCGACAAGUACAACAUUUAGAAACACUGAUCAAGAAGAAAAUGGAAAAAGAGGGUCUGUAUGGUAUGGCCAUUGCAGGAGGAGUUAUUAUUGGUGUUGCAAGUAUCCUAGGUCUCAGCUUCGCGAUGUUCAAGAAUAAUAUAUAUAUAUAUAUAUAUAUAAGGAAAAUGACAUUCCGUAGUGUUUUGAUUACGUAAUUAUAAGCAGCAAGGGAACACAUGAAGUUUGCUUAUACCAAAGUAAUAUAUAGCUUUUGUACAUACAAAUAUUGUAUUCUAUUUAUAUGUAUUGUUACUUAAAUCUCUGGUGAAAUAAAUGUUUUGUGUUACAUCAAA